AUGGCUUUUGAAUCAUAUAAUAUAGCAGCUAAUAAUGAGCAUAUUACUGCACUAUAUAAUUUAGCUGUAUGUUAUCAAAAUGGAGAAGGUACCAAGAAAGAUCUUAUUAAAGCUUUUGAAUAUUACGAAAAAUCAGCUAAAAAAGAUUUAGUUGAAGCGCAAGUUCAACUUGGAAAUUAUGAAAUCAAAUCUUUUGAAUAUUAUAAGGAUUCAGCUGAAAAGGGAUAUAGUAUAGCUCAAUAUUAUCUUGGUUAUUUUUAUGAAAAUGGCAAAAGUAUAAAAAAAGACUUGGAAAAAGCUAUUUAUUGGUAUAAUAAAGCAAUAGAGAAUGGAUAUGAGAUUGCGCAAUAUAGUCUAGGAAGAGUUAUUAAAUUAGAAAUAAGUUUUAAGCAAAAUAAGAAGGAUGAAUCUGAGGCUUUUGAUAAUUAUCAUUUAUAUGAAAAUGUUAAGGCGUUCAUGUAUUAUGAACUAUCGACUGAAAGUGAAUACAAAUCUGCACAAUUUCAACUUGGUUAUUGUUAUUCAAAUGGAAUUGGUACCAAAAUUAACAAAGAGAAAUCCUUUCAAUUAUAUGAAAUUGCUGCUAAAAAAGAACAUAGUAUGGCACAAAAUAGUCUUGCGUCGGCGUAUGAAAACGGCGAAGGUACAGAAAUUAAUUUGAAUAAAGCUAUUUAUUGGUAUAAUAAGUCGGCAAAGAAUGGAAACGCAGUUGCUCAAUACAAUAUGGGAGAUUGUUAUAGGUUAGGAAUAGGUGUUAAAAAAGAUGAAAUUAAAGCGUUUGAGUUUUACAAAGAAUCCGCAGAAAACGGUGACAUUGAUGCAAAAUUUCAACUUGGACAUUGUUACAUGAAUGGAAUUGGGAUAGAAAUCAAUGAGAAAAUGGCAUAUGAAUCAUAUAAAGAGGCAGCUGAAAAUCGGUAG